AGCUCUCCUGUCAGUCUCCACUACCCUCAGGCCCCCACCGCCCUAAAAAAAAAACCAUUUUUUUCCGCUCCUGCUCCCGAUUUCAUCCAAUUUAAUCACCCAAACAAAUCUCCAGAGCCGUCUAGCUCUCGUUUACCCCCUCUUUUCAAUCACAGUAUCAAGGACGAUACCCCUCUCGAUCUCUUCUUAUCAUCACUCUCCUACCCCACCACCGACGCCCUCCUUCUAAGCCAAGCAAAACCCCUGGAAACCAUCCACCAGUCGCCAUAAAAGCUAUCAGUGGGGGCGAGAGAGUGAGCGGCGGAAAUGGCGGAGUUGGAGGGGGAGAGGGGCGGCGGGGGCGGCAACAAGAGCAGGGCCGGCGGAGGCGGCGGCGGCGGGGGCACGGUGCCGUACUUCUACGACCCGCCGGAGACGGAGGAGAGGCCGUGGGUGCCGUGGGUGGUGCCGCUGAUCGUGGUGGGGUGCGUGGCGGUGUUCGUGGUGGAGAUAUACGUCAACAACUGCCCUGACCACUCGAACCGCUUCGGCCGGUGCGUCGCCCGCUUCCUCCACCGCUUCUCCUUCCAGCCCCUCCACGAGAAUCCCCUCCUCGGGCCCUCGGCUUCUACAUUGGAGAAAUUGGGAGCUCUUGAGUGGAACAAAGUGGUCCAUCAGCAUCAGGGAUGGAGGCUUGUUGCUUGUAUCUGGCUGCAUGUGGGCCUUAUCCAUUUGCUUGUAAAUAUGCUAAGCCUUGUUUUUGUUGGAAUUCGCCUCGAACAGCAAUUUGGAUUUGCACGGAUUGGUGUAAUAUACCUUCUAUCAGGGUUUGGUGGGAGUGUUCUUUCAGCUCUUCUCUUAAGAAAUAAUAUUUCUGUUAGUGCUUCUGCUGCUUUGUUUGGACUUCUUGGAUCAAUGCUAUCAGAACUAAUCACAAACUGGACUAUCUAUUCCAACAGGGCUGCAGCUUUAUUAACUCUCGUGUUUAUGAUUAUUGUCAACUUGGCCAUUGGAAUCUUUCCGCAUGUUGAUAUCUUGGCCGAUAUAGGGGGGUUCUUAACAGGUUUUCUCCUUGGUUUUAUUUUGUUGAUCCGGCCUCAAUUUGGCUGGAUGGAACGUCAAGAUCUGCCCCCAUCGAGUCAGGUUACUUCCAAAUACAAAGCAUAUCAGUAUGUGUUGUGGGUGAUGGCAUUGCUUUUGAUACUAGCUGGAUUUGCAGUUGGUUUGGUAAUGCUUUUCAAGGGAGUGAACAAGAAUGAUCAUUGCCACUGGUGUCACUAUCUGAACUGUGUACCCACAUCAAAGUGGAGCUGCGAUAAUUGAAAAAAUAGCUUUUCGAGGAAAACUAUGUUUGGAAGAACAGUAAAAUUAUCACAUUUCAGUGUCUGAUAAUACUUCAAUACAUCUGUAAAUAGUCAAGAAACUGAUUGCUCUUUCAUUUAACUUUUUUAAGUGUUCUCAGAGUGAUUUUGUUACAUGUGCCUUCCAUCAGACUGAGUGCUGUACUUCUUAGUUACCAUUAAUUAUUUAGUAUCCUUUUGGAUUUGAUAGUUUUGUCA